AUGUUCCGUAAUCCCAAGCCCAAGAGUCUGCAAGUCUGGACUCUUCGAACCGCAAGACCAAGAUUCUCGCUACCUACUUCCAGAUACUUUCAAACGGCUGUUAGGCACACAUAUCGUAACAUUUACCCGAAAUUAAAGUCGCGUAUCGAUGCUGCUGUUUCCUCUAGUCGAUAUGCGAUCCUACGCCGUCAUGCCUCGACGACGGAAACAUCCUCCAAUGAUGUCUUGCGACCAUCCAGGAAAUUUGGUCGGAUAAUGCUCGUUAGUGCUGUGACUAUUAUUGGCGGGAUAACCCUGGCGGUCCUAGACUACAAGUACACCGAAAAUGAGGCUGUUGCUCACGAGCGAAGGGAAUUAGAGGCUUCGCUUCCGACCGGAGGACCAAAGAAUUUGCCAAUUGCUUUGCAUAUGACUGACGAGAAGGAUUACGAAACGGACAAACCGCGAUUGGUUAUUCUUGGAACUGGGUGGGGGGUGAGUUUGGCUUUUUUGUUGUUCCUUGAAGAGCAGGCGGAAAUGGAGGCGGGAGCUGUGUCAGUCCUAAAAGAAUUGGAGAAAGAUCAGUAUCACGUAACGAUAAUAUCGCCAAUAAACUACUUUCUAUUCACGCCACUACUUCCAUCAGCUACAGUCGGGACUCUCGAGACAAGGUCACUUCUUGAGCCGAUUAGAAGUAUAGCACGUAGAAUUAAUGGCCAUUUUCUUGAGGCCAAGGCUGUCGAUGUUUGUUUUGAUGAGAAGUUGAUCGAAGUCAAGUCGUUUGACGGCGGCGACGGAUCUGCAUUCUAUGUACCUUACGACAAGUUGGUAAUUGCUGUUGGAUCUCAAUCAAUUACUCAUGGCGUCCAAGGAAUCGAACAUUGUCAUUUUCUAAAGACAAUUAACGAUGCUCGUGCAAUACGGAAGAAGAUUAUGGAUAAUUUUGAAAAGGCUUCACUGCCAACCACAUCGGCAUCAGAUAAAAAGCGAUUAUUGAGUUUUGUUGUUUGUGGUGGAGGACCAACAGGGGUGGAAUUCGCUGCUGAAUUGUACGACUUUUUAACAGAGGAUGUUGUAAAAUAUUUCCCCCGAGUUUUACGUGACGAAGUGUCAGUGAGCAUUAUACAAAGUCAAGAUCACAUAUUAAACACUUACGAUGCUAAAAUCAGCCACUAUACAGAGAAAAAAUUUGCACGUGAUAAUAUCAAUGUAAUCACGAAUGCUCGAGUCGAAAAAGUGGAACCCGACAAGAUUCUUUACAAAAUGAAGAAGGAUGGUGAACUACGUGGACUUCCAUUUGGAUUGGUUUUAUGGUCAACCGGAAUUGCAAUGAACCCAUUAACAAAAACAAUCUCAGAAAAGCUUCCGGAACAAAAGAACACGCGUGCCUUAAUCACAGAUCACCAUUUACGCUUGAAAGGUGCUCCCAUGUCUACUGUCUAUGCCAUUGGUGAUUGUUCGACCGUGGAAAAUCCCAAACUCGUGCAACAGCUGGUACAAUUCUUUGUCGAUGCGGAUACCGACAAGAACGGAUGGCUGGAUUAUAAAGAGUUUGACGCAUUGGCGAAAAAAAUAAUUAGGAAAUAUCCACUAACAACUGCCCAUUUGAAAAAGGCAGAUGAUUUAUUCAACAAGUAUGAUAAAGAUAAGAAUGGGUACCUUGAAAUGAGUGAGCUGAAGGAAAUGUUUGAAGACAUUGACAAGAGGCUUACAUCUUUGCCUGCAACAGCUCAGGUAGCCCAUCAACAGGGCAAAUAUCUCGGCAAAAAAUUUAAUCAACUGGUAUUGGCGGAGAAGACAAAGAUCGUUCCAUCAUACCUCAAAGAAGACACUCCCUCUCCAAACCCGGAGGAUCGGCUGCCUCCCUUUGCCUAUGCUCACUUGGGUUCACUCGCAUACAUAGGAAAUGCGGCUGUAGCCGAUUUUGGGAUGGGGUUGACAUGGAUGGGCGGCUUAAGUGCAGUUUAUUUAUGGCGGAGCAUAUACUUCAGUGAGCAAGUUUCAUUAAGAACGAGAGCUAUGUUGGCUUUGGAUUGGACCAAGCGAUUCCUGUUCGGGAGAGACAUAUCAAAGUUUUAG